CAUGACCUGAGCCGAAAUCAAGAGUCCGGCGCCCAAUGGACUGAGCCACCCGGGCGCCCCUCCCCUCUUUUUCUCUCUUCUCUUUCACCAGCUUUCACGCACUGGAUAAUUCAUCUGCUGGAUUCUCUGCCCGUUCUUUUUUAGAAGUUUUGUCCCUUUGGGUUUUUUUCUGCCUUUUGGUCUUAAGAUUCCUUCUGCUUCAUCUUCUGAUUUCCUACGGACACGCCAUUUACGGCAAGGUUUGCAUUUCUGAGACCUUGUUCCCUUGCUCAGGUGUGAGUGUCCUGGCUCUCUGAGAAUCUCGAUUAGAGUAGUUUUGAAAUUGCCUUCUGCUUCCUACAUUAUAUCUGCUUCCUCCGAGCUCCUUUCCCUUUGUUUUCCCCUCGGGGGGGGGCUUCCUCAAUUCCUGGUACACGGCCGUCUAUCCGUGCUUAGGGCAAGGCACUCACAGACUCACGGAGGCGCCAGGCCGUGGGCCAGGCUGUGGGCCGACGUGUAGACAGGCCGCCUCACCGCGGGGUCAUCGGCGUCCCCCUGGACUCGUGCUGGGGCACCCGAAAGGGCAGCUGUUCACACGUGUUCUGUCGCGUGCCGUUCAGUUACUCCCCAGGAGGACUUUCCGGGCCCCUGCCCGGUGCAGGUAUUCAGAGAGCAAGUUAGGGGGAGGACACCUCGCUGAGGAGGGACGACCACGAAAACACAGGGCUUGGCUGAAAGGAAGGAAAGCAAGCAGAGGAAAGCGAAGUGUCGCUUCCUAAGACUCUUGCCUCUCGUUUGUGGCUGUAAAACAAAGUGACUGCCUCCCAAGUGGGUCAUUCCCGAACUGAUUGGCCACACCGUCGUCACCGUGUUAAUGCUCAUCUCAUUGCACUGGUUCAUCUUCCUUCUCAACCUGCCCGUUGCCACUUGGAAUAUAUAUCGGUUCAUUAUGGUGCCGAGUGGUAACAUGGGAGUGUUCGACCCGACAGAGAUCCACAAUCGGGGUCAGCUGAAGUCGCACAUGAAGGAAGCCAUGAUCAAGCUUGGUUUCCACUUGCUCUGUUUUUUCAUGUAUCUUUACAGUAUGAUCUUGGCUCUGAUAAACGACUGAGGCUGCGGGCGCCGCGUCCGGAGCCGGCCCACACCACCGUGCGUCGUCGGGGAGCCAGAGACCACGUGGAUCAUCCUGAGAACCGUGACCAUAGCAGUAUAUUUUUUCGUCUUUGAACAAAAUAAAAUAUUUUUGCUGUAUUUUUACCAUAUAAAGUAUUUAAAAAACACGAAUUGAGUUCUUGUAGAUUUCUGGUUCUCCACGUCAGCCUGAACCCCAACGUGUGGUUUUCAUCGUCUGUAUGUCGAGGACUGGCAUUUGUACGUAGUGACGGCACGGCCGCCCCAGCCUUGCCCGCUGCAGAAACACAGGGAAACCUGUGGACAGCAGAAAAGGCAGAGUGCAGAGCGCCGCUGGCCACCCAGGCAGAGGAGGAAAGUGUUGCCCUUUGGCCUCUGUCGAGGCAGCUUCGCUACGUUCAGUGUGGUUUAAAGGUUUAUGGGACUGUUGGCUGAGUUUUCUCACAAGAACGUUAACAGAAAGUGACAUUUCAAAAAAUACGUAUUUCUUUGCAGAAUCUGUGAAACCUUAUAAGCCAUUUGCCCAGGUACAGUGUAAUUCCCGCUUCUAGAAAGGAAAAUAAAUCAAAAAAGCAAAAUA